AUGUGGCGCUCGUGGCUGCGCGCGUCGGCCCCUGCGGCGGCACUGGCCGUUGGUCUUACGCCCGCCGCCGCCGCCUCCUCCGCGCGUUGCGAGCCCGUGCAGCGCGCGUCCGAUGGCCCGCCGGGCGGCGACAAGAUGCGGCUGACGCGCCGCUUCACGCGCCGCAAGCAGACCAAGCACCACAGCUACGUGAUCGUGGGCUCGGGCACGGCGGCCAACGCGGCCAUCGAGGCCAUCCGCCAGGAGGACGCCAGCGCCGACAUCCUCGUGCUCAGCGACGAGAACGCGCUGCCCCGCCUCGACUUCGGCGCGCACGCCAAGGACGCAGCGAGCGCGGGCGACAGCGACGACGAGGAGGACGCGGAGGAGCCGCUGGCGCCCGCGCUGCUGGAGAGCUACAACGAGUGGCGGCGCCACCUGAGCGCGCGCUUCGAGGAGGACGCGGCGUCCUCCGCGUCGCCCGCCAGCGGCUCGCCGCCACUCACGCUGCUGCUGGACAAGCGGCCGCUCGAGUUCGACGUGGAGAAGAACCGCGUGCUGCUGGGCGACGGCACCGAGGUGCGCUACGAGCGCUGCCUCAUCGCGUCGGCCGGCCGGCCGCGCCACUUCUACGUGCUGGACAGCGACCGCGUCUCGUACGCGCUCAAGGACCGCGUCAACACGUGCACGACGCGCGCGGACUUCGCGCGGCUGGACCAGCUGGCGGCCGGCGGCUCCGAGGAAGGAGGUUGCGGCGUGCAGAGCGUGCUGGUCAUCGGCGCGGGCUUCCUGGGCUGCGAGGUGGCCUGCGCGCUGGCCACGGACGAGCGCAACGACCACCUCAAGACCAAGCUCGUGUUCGUGGAGCACGCGCCCGCCGCGCGCACGCUGCCGCCGUAUCUGGCGGACGAGUUGGCGCGCCGCCUGAGCCGCGCGGGCGUCGAGGUGGUUCCUGACAGGCUGGUCACGAGUCUGCGGCCGAGCGUGGACGACGACGACAACGAGAGCGAUAGCGGCGUGACCGUCGGCGUGCUGGGCAAGGACAAGCCCGAGGCGGCGCUGGACGCGGACUAUGUGGUGCUGGCCUCGACCCACACGGACCCGUCCCCGACGCUGCGGAUGGGGCGGGCCACGCGCGCUGGCGGAGGCCUCGAGCGCGACGAGAAGAACGGCGGACUGGUCGUGAACGCGCAGCUGGAGGCUGUGUCGGGCCUCUUUGUCGCUGGCAACGCCGCCAGCUACUACGACCCGUACUUGGGCAGACGGCGAGUCGACCGAUACGACCACGCAGUGAACAGCGGCCUCACAGCGGGGCGCAACAUGGCCAGAUCUCUGCGCGGCGCCGGCAAGAUGAAGACGUACCGACACCAGCCUCUGUUCCGCAGCCACCUCACUGGUGUAGGCGUACUUAUUGAGGGAAUCGGCGAGGUGGACUCUUCGCUGCGCACGGUGGGCGUCUGGGUGCAGCCGCCCAACAUCAGUGCCGGCUCCAACGGUGGCCGAGGAAUGCCCUACGAGCGCGGCGUCGUGUACUACCUCAAGGGCAACAAGAUCAUGGGCAUCUUGCUCUGGAACGCCUCGGACGUGCUGGAAAGCGCGCGCCAGCUCAUGCUCUCGCGGCCGGAGAUCCGCGACAACGUGGUGGAGGAGCUCAAGCACACCAUCUCGCUCGCGCCGAACGACUGGCUGCACGUCGUGUCCACUUAA